CGAUAACGGAUUGUUUUCGUGGUAGAUUAUAUUUUUCAAACGUUGAAUUUAAAUAAACUGAUACAAAAUACUAGUCAGAGUGUAUUACAGAGGGUCGUGAAAUUGGUUACGGUCUACAUAAUGCUGACCCUUAAAGAGAACUAUCUGACCUUUCAGAAGCGGAAGUUCACAUACCGGUUUAUUAUGAAAUUAAUAGAAUGGAUUAUUAAACAACAUUCUUAAGAGCAAAAUGGGGGCGGUACUUUGUCAAAGUUGUAAACAGAAACGAAAUAAUAAAUAUGACAAUAACGCAUAUAAAGGCAGAUAUCGUCUUGUGGCUAACGAAGAAACUGAAUCUGAUAAUACAGAGGAUGAAAGAAAUAAUGACGUUGGUGUUAUUGGAGAAAAUAGUGUAAUUGACUUUCGCAAUGAUGUCAAAGUUGAAUCGAUAAGACAUACAGCUGACAUAAUAAAUACAAGAGAAAUAAGAUUUUCAGCAAUUGUCAGAAAGGAAGGUGUAGAAAAUUAUGCAUCUAAGGUCAAAACAACAAAUGUAUCAGAAGCCGCACAGCCUGUGGAAAAACGUGAUUUUAAGCAGACUUUUCUUAAAUGGAAAAAUUAUCUUGAAGCCAAGACAAAUGAACUUGUGUCCAUGCAUGGCACAUCCAAUGGUGCGAUUGAAGCCGAGGAGACCAUAGAAAAAGGUCAAUAUGAACUCGAAGGUGACCCAGUCCAAGAAAGAGGGAGCUUAUUGGCAAACGCUGACGAUGCUUUACAUAAUGAUUCUGUACUAACAGUUAACGCAGCAUUCAGCACCUACGCAAACGUAAGCAAACUACAAAACAAUGAGCAUUGUGGAAGUUACUACGAAACUACUAUAACUGGUAAUCAGGAGAUCGAAGACUGCAAAUUAACAAUAGACAUGGGCAAACUGGCAGAUACUGUCGAUUGCGAAUGUGAUAAUGACGUGACAACAAUUAAAUUGAACCAUGAGGCUGAAUACGAUACAGAGAACCGCUUUCCCGGCCCUGUCGAAGGUGAACUUGGUGUUAAGACAAAUUCUGCAGAAGAGAAAAACGAUGCAAAGUUCGACUUAAAUUUACUAAGUUCUAAGACGCAAGGCUACCCAACUGUUUCAACUGACAAAGAAAUUAACAACUGGUUCAAGGCCUGUAUAGCAAUUAACAUCACGAAGGUUGGACUGACUAACUUUGUUAAAACAGAGAUGCAAAAGGUACAUGUAUCUGUUGGAAAGAGUUGUGGAAUUUGCUCCAUCGAAAAUGUAAUGUCAUGCCCUACCUCGGGUCUGUGUAAAAAGAAAAAGGGAAUUAAAUGCACAUUCCACCAAACGAAAUCUUACCGGCAAUGUCACACAUGUGAACAAGUGAAACAAAAGAUAACAUCUCUGCACAGAUUUCAAGGUCCUUCGUGGAAGAACACAAAACCAGAACUUUGGAUUUCGGACGAGUGGGAAAUAGCAAAGUGCUUUCUUCCUCCUGAUGGAUAUAAUCAUGUAAUGUGUAUUCAAAAAUCAGAUUUCAAUGGAGUAAUAAGUGUCAUAUUAAACUGCAAAUAUUUCGAAACAUGUCUCUCCUCCACGUGUCUGUCACCACCACCACCUGACAAAGAAUGUUUUUUAGAACAGGUUCGUCAGAUUGGCCGCGACCUGCGUCACAUUGCUGACUGCAAGGUAACAGACGCUCAUCUUCUGAUCAUUUUCCAAACACUUACCACGCUACUGACGGAUCCGGUCUAUUUAGCACAUGAUCAAUGUGCGAUUAAAGCUCUCAGAAGACUAACAGAUCUGGAGAAUGAUCGUAUCCCCCUAUGUGAAUAUGGAGAACUAAUGAAAGCUGUUAGAGAAGCCUUUACGCAAGCAGAAAAAUUAGGUACACACUUUGCGACAUCCAACAAUAUCAUAGAAGAGGGAUGUCGAAAAAUAGAAGACGCUAUAUGCGUGAUGGAACGAAAAACACAUGACAGCGUGAUUCAAAUUGACAAGCAUACACGAGACGGUGUUAGACUUAUUUGUGAUAGGACGCAAAUCGUUAAACGAGAGCUAGAAGAUCAGGCACACAAUGCCCAAUACAUUAUAUCAGAAAAGACGAGGAAAGCAACAACAGAGAUAGACAUGAAGACAAAUGAUGGCAUGAAGAAACUAGUAACUGGCAUGGGGUGUGUAUUGCAAGCAGAGGCUGGGACAAAUGACGAAAUUCAAUACGAACGUGGCGUAAAAGAAAUGCUCCAAUGUCUGAAGCCCCUAUACGAACGACGGCUAAGUUAUUUGACAGAAUCGCCAUUAGAUGAUUGCGUUAAUAAAAGAUUAGUUGAUUAUUAUAUGCAACCAAAUGUGCAGCUGAUGGCAAUCGACCAUGGGUCGUUUAAAAAAACCAGUAACCAAAUUACUAAAUACAAAGAUUUGUUUUUUACAAAUGGCCAUUUAAACAGACAGACAUUUAUGCAAGGCGAGGCAGGGACAGGAAAAACAUGCUUUCUUGCCAAAUUAGUUCUGGACUGGUGUAACAUGAAAACAACAGUAACAAUAAGAGAACCGUUGUCGACGGAAGACUCCGUGGUUGAAGAUUCUGUUACUCGAAAAGAACCAGCUAUGUUUUUCGACGAUCUAACAACUCUAUAUGAUUUUAAGUUCGUAUUUUAUAUGAAAUUGAGGGACUGUGUUUAUCAGCAUGAUGUUUCUGAGAUGAUUAAAGAACAACUACUGGAUGCAAUAUACAGUAAGGAAGAUCGUGAGGAGGCGUAUAAACUCCUGAAUGUUAUCAUGAAGCGCGAACUUUGCUUGAUACUCCUUGAUGGUCUAGAUGAAUUUAAGUACCCUGCAGGCAUUCAUGCUCUACCUACGUUGGUAGCCUCUUACAGCCGGUGUACUUUGUUUAUUACAACUCGACCAUGGACAUUGGUUGAAGGCAAGAUAAAAUACUCUGAGAUCGAGCACUUGCUGCAGUUGGAAGGGAUACAUGAUCCAUUCGAACAGAUUAAGAUUAUCAUUGGGUGUAUGGUCGAUAAGGACAAUUUGAACGCUAAACAUUGUGAAUUUAUAUCGUACAUACGGGAAAAGAACCUCGUCGAAUUAAUGGACUCACCCAUGAUGCUCUCAUUGAUUGUAGAUUUGUGGGCGGAAGGAGCAAGGCGGAAAAGGUCUACGUGUGAAAUAUACAGUCUUUUGUUAGAGAGCCUUCUGAAAAAAGCGAACAGUGAACAUGGACAAUUUCUUCAACCGCCGUUUCCGUGUUUUACAGAGACAAACUACAUUAAACCCAAUUUGAACCACGUACAAAGCAUUGCUGAGGCGGCAUUUUGUCUGUUAUUUACAGAUAAAAGAGAAAAUCCUCAACUGUUUGGCAUAACAGAAAUGACAAAAUAUAAUUUGGAAGAACACGAAGACUUUGCACUAAGGACUGGCUUUUUGUCUGUAACAAAAACGGGAUCCUUAAUACGAGCGUCGACCGUGUUCUCAUUUAUCCAUAAGGGCAUACAAGAAUUCCUGGCAGCUUGCCAUAUCGCCUGCAAUACACAUGCCACGGAUGAUAUCAUAACCAAAUAUCUUAAACGAUAUGAAGAUGCCUUCCUCGAUUUUUCACAAGUAUUCAUCUUUCUGUGCGGACUUAACAUCUCGGCGGCGAAUGAACUUUCAUAUUUGAUGAAUAAUUGUGCCGUUAAGCAUUAUCCGAAAGGUAAUAUUUUUCAGAGAAUCAUAAUAUCUGGAUUCAGAGAAGCUGUAUCUAACAAACAGAAGGGUAUAUUUUUGCACCUAAGUCGCUUUGACUUUGAUGAAUCAAACUGGAUAGAGUUGCUCUUUAUCUGGUUGAUGAAAUCAGCAACUGUAAUAUCAUUUAAUGUGACACAUGGGGUGUCCAAGUAUCUUUCAAUAUACUCUAAAAACUCAUCGUCUACACUUCGGAAGGAAAUUUUAAAUGAUUUGAGUUGUCCACCUUCAAGUCGGCCAGAUUCAUCCACAUUUCUCAAACAGGCACCGACCCAUGGACGCAUUGACUCGUUAGAUCUCCUUAUGAGAUUACAAAUUCCAAUUUCCCACGACAACUAUAAGACCCUGAAAGAUAUUGCAAUUAAGUGCCGUUGGGAAGAACUGGACUUAUCCUUGUUCGAAUCAUUAGAAUCAAUCAAUAUAAGCAAAGACGUUAAUUUGCUACCGGAACAACUCCGUAUCAAUACACUUAAACGUAUUGAAUUACAAGAUUUCGAUUUAACUACUCCGGAAAACUCUCUUGUUCGGACGUGGUGUUUACUAAACGCUGAAGACCCAGCGCAGUGUGUAGACUCUCCGCCAGUGAUGCACUCUUUAGAACACAUUCGAAUGAAAUGUGUCAAAUUGACCUCAAGCUGGCUACAGAGUCUGUUCAGCGCACUUCUUACUUUUGAUCAUCGGGUGGCGUGUGAUCUUUGGGAUUGUGACAUAUCAUCCAGUACGGUAGAAUUAGAUAGCACUUCAUCUACACUAGCCAAUAUUACAAUGGAUGUGAACAAUUCAUUUGAAAUACAGUGUCAUGUGGAUAAAGGAGCAGCUCUGUGGGAGUCUCUUGAAGGUCUGAGCAUCAAGAAUCUGAGAAUUCGUGGCGUUGUCUCAUUUCUAAUAGUGCAUAAUGGACAGUUGUUGUCAAAGUUGCUAUCGACGCUCACACAAAUUGUGACGCUCAGAUUGUAUUUGCAUAACUUUAUUGACAUAGAAAUACCAAAGUCACUGAGGGAGUUGAAUUUGUACUUUGAAUCCUUGUCUACUAAUGAAUUACAUUAUCUGGUGAACAAGAUUUCUCACAAUACCCAACCGCUUGAAUGUAGACUGGAGUUUGCUUGUGCACAAAGAAUUUGCAACGAGGUUUACCCUUUUGUUCACAUACACGAAAUCUCUUCAGAUGACUACGUUGUCGUCCAACAGGAACUGACUUCACUACAUGACAUUGAAGUGAAACGAUUUCAAGUAUUUGACCGCAUAUUGUACAACCAAAGAGAUAAUGCUUACGUCUGGUCUGUACGUGGCAAUAUUGAUACUGAUGAGGAUCAUCACCAUGAUUAUGACAUCGACGAUGAUGCGGUUUUUAAACAUUUUUUACAAGAAAUCAAUGUAGAUCUCAAAUGUAGUAUUUCCAUGCGAUUUCUGAUGAACGGUCCAGCAGGUCGAAAACCGACCCAAUGAAGAAAUGCAAAAUGUUUCGUAUAGGAUAGUUUUUUACUACACAGGUGUUAUCUAGGACAAUAGUUGAAGUAACGUUUAUUUAUUUUUAGGUAUAACUAGUUGUGAAUGCAUGAUAUAUUCUAGUUACUAAUCUCUUUAUGUUUUAUGCCCCCGGUAGGGUGGCAUAUAGCAGUUGAACUGUCCGUCAGUCAGUAUGUCAGUAUGUGUGUAUGUCAAUCUGUCCGUCCGUCCGAAAACAAACUUUAACGUUGGCCAUAACUUUUGCAUUAUUGAAGAUAGAAACUUGAUAUUUGGAAUGCAUGUGUAUCCCAUGAAGCUGCACAUUUUGAGUGGUGGAAGUUCACGGUCAAGGUCAUCCUUAAAGGUCAAAGGUAAUUUUUUUUUAUUUCAAAGCGGCGCAAUAGGGGGCAUUGUGUUUCUGACGAACACAUCUCUUGUUUAAUGUAUGUUCUUAUUGUUUUUUGUUAAACAACGCUGAUAACACUUUGAAGAUAAUGAUAAUGAUGAUAAUAAUUCUGAUACUAGUGAUAAUGCUGAUAAUGAUAAUGAUGACGACGAUGAAUACGAUUACGAUGACACUGCUGCUACUGCUGCUGCUGGUGAUGAUGAUGAUAAUGAUGGUGACGAUUUGUGUAUAAAUUUACCCUAGAGAACAAAGUAUUUAUGCAUUCAAAUGUUGAAUCGAAUAUUAUAUUCAAUGCGAUUAAUACGGCCAUAUACAUUGAUUAUAUUAUGUCAUGGUUAUAUCGUUUAGAUAUAUAUAUUGUAUUACACAAAAACUAUUAUUCAUUGAAUGUGUAAUGUUAUGUUGAAUGAUAUGUUUCUGGUCAUAUUAUAUAUUCAUGCAAUAAUCUUUAGGAUUCCAUCAAUUUAAUCAGAAGUACAAAAGAAAAUAAUACAUUAUUAUCAAUUUGUUUAUACUCUAUUUCUAACAGUCUGCUGUAUUUGACUCCAUGGCUAUUUUUUAUUAACCCGUGAAACACAUGGGUAAUACAUACAUUGAAAUAUAUCAUCAUGUAGCCAGUUAUGCGUUGGACCAUUGUCAUUAUUUUAAUUAACCUUGUGCAAUUAUAUCGUGUGUAGGGUUUGUGAUUUUGUUUCGAUAUUUACUCACCUCGUUUACCAUGUCAUAAGUUUUUAACUCUAAUAUAUAUGUGAUACCAUUUCAGAUAACAUUUCAUAUGAGCAAUAGAGCAGAAUGAACAGAGCAAACAAGCAGAUAAUGUGACAUUUUGGUUUUGUUUAUACUUAAGAUUAAUUUCAGAAUAAACUUUUUUCCUUUUUAA